AUGUGCGCUGACGGUUCGUGCGACGCUUGUGUGGUUUUCAACGAAGGAGGGAUUCAAGAGAACUGCCUUCAGGAGACGCCAAACUCCAAGCAUCCAAGAAGACUGACACUGACAAGACAAAACGGCCAAGUCAACCUUCUCAACUUCGAAUCAUCCCCUCCAAAAACUUUGGAACCCCCUGUCCAACCAUGUCGCACAGAGAGUAUCGAAUCUGGAUACGAUUCUUGCCCCGAAGAAACUUCUCUUAUCGACCCCUCUCUGUCUACUGAAGCCUCCAUUACUAUGAUACGCCAGAAAAUGUUGCUUCUCACUCGCAAAAGUUUUUCAACUUCGGAAAUCGAAACGAGAAAAGCUCAUUUGCACGUGGAGUACCAUUUAGAUACAAUCAAGAAAGAUUGCUCGUCGGUGUAUCGGAAGAUAUCUGCUGAAACGUUGAUCAAAGCCAUGGAGGGUAUUGACCAGAAAGAAUUCUUCAAGAAAUAUGUUCUGGUGGAUUGCCGAUAUGAGUACGAAUUUGUUGGAGGGCACGUGAAGGGAGCUGUAAACCUGUUCCAUACUGAACUCGCCCGCAACUUCUUUUUCGACGAUGAAGGCAAUAAGAAACUCGACGUUGUACCUAUCUUCUACUGUGAAUACAGUCAAAAAAGAGGUCCACAGAUGGCUGACACCCUCCGCUCCAUGGACAGACUUCUACAUCCCGAAAUGUACCCCAGUUGUAUGUACGAAGAGAUUUAUGUGUUGGAAGGAGGAUACCGAAACUUCUAUGACCACUCCGUCAAAGUUGACAAUAUGAAGUUUUGUGACCCACAGGGAUAUAUUGAAAUGGCGGACCUGAAAUUUGAGAAAGAACUCCAGAAAUAUCGCUACCAUAAGAAAAUGACGAAGGUCAUCAGCAAAUCCAAGAAAAGUGUCUUCAAGUCUUCCUCAUCCACCAGCAGAGUCCAGUACCUCCACAGCGUCUCCAACAACUUCAACACCAUGUUCACGCUGGAUCAGCAGCAGUAG